UAAGCGUCCUCCAAUUUUUUCUUAUCCGCCUGCUUCGCCAGCUUCAGGAUUCUCUGCCCCCGAUGUACGACGUGAGACUGAAACUUUUGCUUCUUGCACGGGAGCUUUUGCUGCUGCUGCUUUUGCAAAGGCGUCGGGAGCGCAGAAAUCAUCUGCAGCGACGUUGGUGGGUCCGGCGUGUCUUUCAACGGCGUAAAGAAGGACUUUACUACACGGCUAUGCAACGGACGCGUCAAGGUGACCAUGGAUUUUUCUAUAAGUUUUUCCGCAUGACGCCGCAGCUCUUCGACAAGCUCUUGACCUUUGUAGCAGAGGACCUCACACGGCAGCACCACAUUCGAGAACCCCUGGAGCCUGGAAAACGACUUGCUAUAGCAUUGAGCUACUUGGCAUCCGGGCAGGACAUAAAAGAUGUUGGCCUGGCUUACCGUGUGGGGAUUGAGACGGCUAGACUCUGCAUUCAUGUGGCCUGUCGAGCAAUCGGGGCAAGGUUCAAAGACCACUGCAUGAAGGCACCAAGCACGUCUGAAUGGGCACAGAUUGCCGAUGGGUUCGCCGCGCAGUGGCAGUUCCCAAACUUCUUGGGAGCAGCUGAUGGAAAGCAUGUUGCCAUAGUUGCUCCUCAGAAUUCUGGCAGCAUGUACUACAACUACAAGGUAAAUUUAUGCAUGUAUAAGGUGUGCGAACACCACUGAAAUAAUUGUGCUAGUGUGAUUGGAUUUACAGUUGCUGCCAACUACUUGAUGCUAAGUUUAAUGCUUUCAUUCAUAGUUUUCUUUAUUGAAAGCUUGCAUUUAUGCAAGCAGUACCACACACAUUGUGUUGCAGUUUUCCAUAUUUAUAUAAACAAAUGCAGGCACUUUUGUAUUUGCGAACUCUACAAUUUGGUUUCAGUACAGAAAAUGCACGUCGCAAGAGCUCGCGAGACUGCAAUACAACAGCUGGCCCUCAGUUAUCCUCAUCGCAUGCAACCUUUGUGUGUAAACCAAUGUAGUGGAUGCACCUAAUAGUUAUACAUAUACUCUUUCACUUUGCUUAUUAGCUACCUGUCACCCUUGCAUUAUGAUAGGCGUACUUGUGCCUCUGGUGUAAUUCUUGAAUGCCAAUUUUCAGAGCACCUUUUCAGUUGUACUCAUGGCUGUUGUCGACAGCAACUACAAGUACAUACUGAUAGAUGUUGGAGCAGAAAGCCGCCAUAGUGAUGGCGGUAUCUUCCAGAACUCCACCUUUGGAAGAGCCCUCCUACAAGAACGCCUCUCUGUGCCUGCUUGUGCCCGACUUCCAAGAAAAACAGGCACCAUUGCUCCUUUCACUUUCAUUGGGGAUGAGGCAUUCCAGCUGCGCACCGAUUUUAUGCGCCCGUUUCCGGCAAAGCAGCUCAAUGAUGCACGAAGAGUGUUGAACUAUCGGCUGAGCCAAGCACGGUAUGAUAAAACUGAGAUGGUAAAGGAUUUGCAGUCAGCGUUGUUCAAUUCUAAAAUGAAACCACUUCCAUCUGUGAAAAUUGGCACUGAAAACCUAUAAAAAGUACACAUCUCUAAUUACAAUUACUCAAGAAGUCUUUAUUGAACUUUGUGUCACGAGUUUGCACGAUCAGAUCAUUUCACCAUUAGUGUCUUGUAUAACAAGCAGUGGGUCCGCAAAUACAGCUGUGUAUCCAGAAAAUUGCACAUGGAAGUUGGUGUUGUCUCGGUACACAGCUGUAAUGGACAGUGGCGGUAUCCCCAUAAAAGAAAUGCUUAACGAAUAAUUCAUGGCUCAUUAAUAAUUGAUGCUCAGUGUGACGGCUUGCGGAAUAACCAUUCGUUGUCAGUUUACCUUUUACACUUCACAUCGAUGACUUUUCUCAAAUACUUGGGAACAUGAAAAAGAAAAAAAAAUUGGAGAUGACUACACAGGAACCAGCAUUCGCGUUGUCUUAUUUUUUUUUAUCCUAUCCCAAGGUAUUAUGCUGUCCCAAGGCAUGCACCAGCAAGAGCUUCCAACCCUUGUGCACUUUUUCUUGUUUAAAGGAAGGCAUUCCAUUGCAUCACUCUAAAUAAAAAUCUUUUUUCCAAAUUUUUUUUUCGAGGAGGUGCGUGGAAAAUGCCUUCGGGAUCACGGCAGCCCGGUGGCGCAUACUCCUCCGAACCAUCCCUUUGACGCCUGAGAAUGUUGACUUCGUCAUCAAAGCAGCAUGCAUCCUGCACAACUUCCUGACCAUCCUGAAUGCUGAUGUGCAUCAUUUCACAGACAGGGAGGACAGUUUUGGGAAUGUUGUGCCGAGGCACUCGCGGCUAGGCAUGCCAAGGGAUGGCUCGGAGCAGAGCUACUUUCCACUUCAUACGACACGUGCCAGACACUUUGAAGCUAAGGCUGCAGAUGCCAGGAAUCUUCUAAUGGCAUACUUCUGCAGCAGUGCUGGUGAGGUCCCCUGGCAGUGGCACCAACCUGGUGUGUGAAAGGAAGCAGCCGUGAAGCAGCUCCAUGACCUACGGCUGCUUCCGCUCCAGUGAUAUGCAACACUUCCCAACGUCCCUAGCUCUGCCUGCUGAAGACUGCCUGCUGAAGCCAGCGACGCUUGUGAUAGCGGCCUGCUGUGGUGUGCUUCGGAAGCCUCUGGAAUGUACAGCACUUCAAGCAGCGGUGAAUCAAGUUGUUCCAAAGUCUCCUGUGAUUCUGCAGACUCAUGCGACGCCGUAGACCGUGUCGCUGCUUCCGUUUGUGAUUCUUCACCUGACGGUGACGGCACUUGAAGCAUUGCCAGGUUGGAAAACUGGCACAUCUUCGUUAGGAUGUCCGCAGCAUUUCCCUCCUCACUUGAAGAGGGCACUGGUGGAACGUUGCCGGACGUCCUGCGUGUGAGCGUAAUAAGGUUUGCACAUAUUCUGAAUGUGCAAAUAAUGUGCGGGUCUAAAGGCAAAAAUAUGUAUGGCUCAAGUUCAUCCACAUUUGUUUUAAGGUGUCAUCUUAUUACAGAGCAAUGCUCAAACUCUGAGUCAGUAUUGUAGGGACAAAAGUGACUUGCGUACACAACCAGAAUGAACAUCUUUUGCAUGCACUGAAGUGUAGCAUUUGUAUUUUAUUUUUGCUUCAGAUGCAUUUAAGCACUUAUUAUGAUUGCUGCGUGCCUAAUGCCUAGUGAUACUUUGUACUCGAAAGAGUGCAUGAUAUCUGGAACGUAUCAGUUUCGAAAUAAUUAACAUCAAGCAUCCCACUACACUUAAUCAGUACAACCAUUUAAUAAAUGUCACAAUGAAAGACCUACGCUUGCACUUUCUAAACAUAGAGUAAUGGUAUUGUUAUGUCUUGCUUUAACAUAAUGCUUUUUCCUGUUUACAUUUUUUGCUUGAAACGUUCUCGCGGUGUAACUUUGUUUUCCUUUCAUCUGUUUUUAAACUUCAUGUCAUACUAAACUAUUUGUCUUAAUUGAAUGCAGAUCUAAGCACAGUGCGAAGCUUUGUAUGUAGCAGUCAGUGGAUUCAUUGUUUGUAUUUAGGCAGUUAUGUAUAAUCAUGUUUGGCAUCUUGCCAUCUGCCUUGUAGAGGUUUUUUGGGGGGCCCAGUGAAGCUGAUUUUAGUGAGCAAACCCCUCCAGAAAGUUUCUUAGAGCAAUGACUUUCCCAUCCCUGCUGCUGCUGUCUAUGCAAAUAGCUCUUACUGAAUGCCUCAUACUAAAAUUAAGGUAGUCAGUCAUUCAACCAUUGCCAUCACAGCUGACUGCUGGCUACAGUAUUGCACGAUUGACCAGCACAGGAUACAGUACAAAUGCCGGAUAUAACAAUGUAAUCAGAUUGUGGUGUUGGCACAUAAAAUUCAGCAAUCAUUUUUUUCCCACAGUGAGAACAUUGCUAACUGGAUCAUCUAGUCUUUGCUUGCACAUGUUUUCUAAGCAGGAACAACGCUGUCCACAAAAAUUGUGAAAGCGUUGCUUAAAGCGAUGACCACAGCACUUGGGAUCCACAGAAUAAUCCCAGGUGAUAAUUAGGUAAAGACAGUGCUGAACAGACACAAAAACCAGUAUUAUCAAUUAGACAGCUGACAAUGCCGUCAAUACAUCGGUUAACUUAUUAUUCCUACAGCAUGAAGGCAAUGAAUGAAUCCUUGAGUGAACUAGGUAAAAUUUGAGGGUUUGUGAUGGAGCACUGAUUUUCACAGAGCUGGCAAGCAAAAAAAAUGCAAAAUGAAAGCUGUUUAUUGCAGUGAACAAAUGUGAAUAUAACAACAUUAAAUACUCAGAUAAAUACUGCCUAUUGACUUGCACACUGCAUUCUAUGAUCAGUGUAUAGAAUCAAAUGAAACCACUUGCACCUAACACUACACAUGCAUCUUGUGGUAUGUGGUGACUAUUGCCAACGUUUUUUUUUUUUUGUGUGCAUCAGGCAAGUCCUUUUCUUUUUAUUUGACCUGCUAGGUUGUAUGUGAUAUUUUCUGCACUUCUGUCUUGUGCUUUAUUGCGCUAGGUUUUUAUGUGCUACUUCAGUUAUUUUGUACCUGUAUUUCUGAUUUUUCUGCUCCCUACUGCAAAGUUAAACUGGCUUUAUUGGUACCUAAAUAAAUAAAUAAACAAACAAACAAAGAAAUAAAUAAAUAAAUAUACAAAGAUA